AUUAUCCGUGUUAUCGUAGGGCCCCCAAGCGCCUCCAUAAAAAGGACACGCCCGAUAGUUCAACAGGUACAGUGUGAACACACCAUCGUCUGGGUAAGACAAUUCGUGACACAGUUAUACUCGCAACAUGAAAGUUCCAAUAAGUGCGGUGCUACUGUUGGUGGGGCUUGUUUUGGCUGACGAUCGCUGUCCGCCUUUAGACGAUCCUCUAGCACCACCGGUUCUGCUUCCACAUCCAACGGACUGUGAUAAGUUUCUGAUCUGCAGCCAUGGCAAUGCCAUCGUUAGCAAGUGUCCACCCGGAUUACAUUGGCAUGAUGGACGAAAACGGUGUGACUACCCAUCGCAGGCACAGUGCCAACCGGGCAGCUUAGUAACGCCAACUCCUCAGCAAGCUCCCGAACCGUCUCCAAACUGUCCCGAGGAAUACGAUCCCGAUCAUAUGGUGUACAUACCGCACGAAACCGAUUGCACCAAGUACUACAUCUGUGAUCCGUACGGAGUAGAGCUCGAGCAGACCUGUCCGUCCGAUUUGCACUGGAAUCCAGCGGUGAAUUACUGUGAUUUCCCCGAGCUGGCUCAGUGUGAAGAGUAGAUAAGGGUUCACUGACGUACAGGAAGUCUGAAGUGUGCCACCGUACGACGUAGAGGUUGUAAAUAAUCGAUAAAGAAACAAAAAAGUUCCCCUUUCCAGUACAUUAA